CCUCACCCGUCGUUCCAUUUCCAGUUUUCCACAACCAACAGCAAACAGAGGCGGCGACGGCGGCAGCCCUACGGUUCACAGCUCGAUCAACACUGCGACCCUCGUCGGGACUACAGCGCCGAUAUCCGAGGCCGACUCAGGACGAUGGCGGAGAAGCUUUUGUGCCCGACGCUGUCGUGGUCAGACAUCCCACUGGAGCUGGCCGGGCUGGUGCUCCGCCUCCUGCCCGCGUACGCCGACCGUGCUCGCUUCGCCGCGGUCUGCCCCCAGUGGCGUGCUGCUGCGCAGCUGAUCACGGUGCCGCCGCCGGUGCCACUGCUCGCUCUUCCUGAUGGAACUUUCUACAGCCUCCCCUGCACCGAGCCCUUCCACUUUGCUGGCUGCGGCUUCGCGGGGUUCAAGAGCGCCUGUGGUAGCUGGCUCGUCUUUCCGCGUGAUGAUGGAUGCUUCCUGGUCAACCCCUUCUCCAGGGCCACUGUAACGCUCCCUUCUCUGUCCAGCGUUAGGCUCUACCCCGCCGAUGCUGAUGUGAACCACAUACCUGUGGACCCCCUUAGGUUCACAUGGCUGCAUAUCAAGGACAAGAAUCCCCAGUUGAGUAAGCUAAUGUUGUGCUCGCCUAACCUGGUUGCUGCAUUCGUCAACCAUCAAGGCCUUGGUCAGAUUCUAGUGUGUCAGCCAGGGGCUUCCUCGUGGUCAGUUCGAGCCUAUGAUACGUGUAAAGGAUUUGAAGAUAUGGCGUUCUACCAGGGAAGGCUCUACAUCCUUUCUCACCAUGAGCAUCUCUCUGUUGUAGACAUCAGCCAGGACCAAACCACUGGUGAUCCACAUGUUUCUCGGAUUGUACGGAUCAUCAAGGGCAAUCCCUUUCCUUUGUUUCCGUCUGAAGACAACACUAGGGUCGAUAAGAAGCUCUACCUGGUUGAAUCGCGUGGUGCAUUACUAAUGGUUCGCAGGAAGGUUUGCUCCAGAAGGAUACUUGAUAAAUUUGUGAUUGCACGGAACAAGUUUGAGAUUUUUCAUGCUGACCUCAAGCAGCCAGGGUGGGUCAAUAAGACGACCUUAGGGGAUGACCAGGUUCUUUUUCUAGGCCGAAGGUGCUCCCAAAUUGUUCCUGUCUCUCAGUAUGGGUUGCUGGGAGACCGCAUCUGCUUUUUGGAUGAUGAUGAGGAGUACUUCAAUGGCCGCUGUUACGAGGAUGAGAAUGCUUCCGUUGGUGUCUAUGAUGUGAUUGGCCAAGUGGUUUCCUUCCCUCUUCCAACCGUCUCUUGGAAGCGCGAUGGGAUGCGUCUCGCAACCUGGCUACUCCCUCAAAACUGAACUUGAAAUGUUUCUGUCCAGUCUCUUCAAUGUACCACUACAUAUCUAUCUAUGGCAUAUUGUUAUGUGGCUACUAUGUUGUUUGAGGCAUGCCUACUUUGUGAACUCAACAAUGUUAGUAUCUACCUAACAUUGACGGUUGCCCUACGUGCAAGCCGUUCAGUGCAUCAGCACUUUAUUAUCGGAAAUUUAUGAUUUAUAGGUAGUGACGAAUUAUUAUCCUUGACUUGUAUUAUGGUCAAGCUGUGAAUUUCUCAUGCUUCAGAGUGGUGAAUCAUAUGUGCUUUUCUGCUUGUUUA